GUUUAUGUUUGUUUAUAAAAUAAUCUUCCUGUAACGGAAUGUCAAAAUAGUGGAUACACGCUGGUCAAAAAGCUGAAAUUAUUCGUGACUAUGGUUUUACAUUAGCCAAAGUCUGGUGUUGCUAUGUGGGACCCAUCUUCACAAUGUAUUUUUUAUUGAGCGAUGGACCUGCCCGAGGAAUCGACCGAGAAACGUGGAAGUAAGACGCUGUUGGUCCGCCAUUUACCUGCGGAACUGAGCGAGGAUGAAAGGGAAGACCUUCUCAAGUAUUUUGGUGCCCAAUCUGUCAGAGUUUUCUCAAACUUUGGUCGUAUGAAACACACAGCAUUUGCAACGUUUUGCAGUGAAAAAGCUGCGGAAAAGGCUCUUAGCCGGCUCCAUCAGCUGGAGAUUCUCAAUCGAAGACUUGUUGUGGAGUUUGCAAAAGGACAAGAUAACAUCACUGCAUUAAAGGAUCCACCUGUGUCAGAUGGUAAUAAAAUUGACAAAGAAGCAAGGAUCAAACUAGAAAGUAAGCAGCCUAAUGUUGCUUUCUCAGAGUCAAGCAUCGCACCAAGUCUUGGGUUGAAAUAUCACUCAAAUCCCACUUUGAAGUAUUUGUACCCACCUCCUUCCAAUAGCGUUCUGACAAAUAUAACGCAUACCCUCUUGUGCGUACCAAAGUUUUAUGUUCAAGUUCUGCAUCUGAUGAACAAGAUGAAUUUACCGUGUCCAUUUGGACCGGUUACUCCUAGACCACCCUUGUUUGACCCCCUUCCAACUGCGCCAGCCAUCCCUAUGCCUCCCCCUUUGCCUCCUGAUCUCCCACCUAUACCAGCAGAAGAAAUUGUGAUGUCAUCCGAUGAGGAAUCAGAGUAUGAGAGUGGGGAUGAUGAAGACAAGGAGAGGAUUGUUCGUCUGAUGGGUCUGGUCAACCAAGCAUGCAAAAGACCCCUGAGACCUAAAACAUCUUCCAAAAGAAAGAAGCCCAAGAUCAAGGAUCUCCUCUAUGCGCCCAAAACAGACUCUCAGAGCGCUCCAGUCAUGCAGCCAUCAGACGUGUUUGAGCAACCCAACCACACUGGACUGAAGAAAAUAGAAUUCCACAUUUCGGUUCCAGAAGUGGCAGCCAGGGUGGAAGGGAAUAGGACAGAGUCUGAUGAAGUUUAUCCUUCAAAAAUGUAUGCUCGAGAAGUUACCCUCAACAACAACACAGAAGGAUUUGGAAAGAUCUACCCUAAUAUCCAGUCAUCUCAGCAAUGUGAGAAGCACAGUGAUGAAGAGGAGGAUCUCCCCUCUGAUGUCAUCUCCAGAAAAGAGCUUGAGAAAGGACGUCUGUCAAGAGACGAGAUAAAAAGGAUGUCUGUGUUUAAGAAUUACGAGCCAGGUGAGCCGACCUGCAGGCUAUAUGUGAAGAAUAUCGCAAAACAAGUGGAAGAGAAAGACCUAAAGUACAUCUAUGGAAGAUACAUUGAUGCUUCAUCAGAAGUUGAAAGAAACAUGUUUGACGUGGUGUUAAUGAAGGAGGGUCGGAUGAAAGGGCAGGCUUUCGUUGGACUUUCCAGUGAGCAGAGUGCUGAAAAAGCCUUGCGGGAAACCAACGGCUAUGUUCUCUUUGACAAACCCCUCGUGGUUCAAUUUGCUCGGUCAGCCAGGCCAAAACAAGACAAUAGCGAUGCCAAGAAAAAAGCAAAGCAACGAUAACACUUACAGAUGCCAAGGCUUGAAUUUGUGGGCCAGCAGAACCAUUUGUAUCCUUAUUUGAACAUAUCCUUUGUAGAAAAAAAGGGCAGUUCUAUUUGUGUCACCAAUAGAAUAUGACCUUUGAAGCACAUUGAUCUAGAUUUACAAGGGCAGAGUGCUAUUGUUUUCUCUAUCUGAAUUCAGUGAAUUGAGUAUUAUAAACAAGAUGUUGCUAAAAUGGUUUUUGACAGUGUUUUCUACCUUGUCUGGCUGAAUUUCAGGUGAUCAUCCGAGGUUGUCUUCAUCUUUUAUUUACUAAUAAAAUAUGUUUUUUUUUAAUUAAAAUGAGGUCAUGUCUCUUUUUUUACACAGACACACAGACACAUAUCAACACAAUAUUGGUAAUUUUCCUUCUGAAACUCCAGACAUC